GAAAUGUCUCACGUCCGAGUAACCACAAGUGGCGAGUUUAUAUGAAUAUAUUGUAAUGUCUAAGUAUGAAUCCCGCAACACAAGACGGGUUCAAUAUUUGGGCUUCCCACACUGACGUCGGAGGAAGAUGGGUAAUUGUGCAUAUGACUGCAGCAGACAAACUGUCACCGGGAUCCUUGGAAAAAGCAUCACUCUUCAGUUUACAUUCAACAUCAGCGUCACAGAUAGAGAUCAUUUUAUUAUCAAUACCGGUGUAGGACACAGUAACAAAUUAAAGGUUGCAGAAUAUAUAAAUGGAAAGCCCUUGACUACAGACAGUAUAUCUACUCACCCCAAAAAUGGCCAUGUAAUUUGUCGCAUUACAAACCUAAAAAAAACCCACAGAGGACUGUACUGGGCCAGUUUAUUCAAAAGAUCAAUCUUCAUACAAAGUGAGACUGUGGAGCUGAUUGUACGAGAAGAGAACAAUAGCAGCACAGCUCCCACAGAUGCUCCAGCAAAGGAUGACAUCCUGACAACUACAGACAGGGGAAUUUCUCGCUCCCCUCACAUCAUGAUGAUUGUCCUCGUGGUUUCACCUGUAGUGCUGGUGGCUGCUGCACUUACCUGGCUCAUCUGGAGUCUCAUUAGAGCCAAAGACAAAAAAGAACAAUCCCCACAACAAAACUCCAGCCCCACAAUACAAGAAACAGUCGAGGCAUCUAACCCUGUUUCUGCUGCCUCAGUGGUCUACAGCGUCCUGGACUUUCCAAAGAGAGCUUCAGCUGUUGUAGAGAUUAAUUCAAGUGAUACAGAGUAUGCUGCUGUCAGUUAUCAUCCAUAAAACAGAGGAAAGUGAUGUACAGAUAAAAUCCAGCUACUCUGCAGGAUUUUCUCUUUUUUAAUCUUAACAAUUAUCCCAAAAACCACCUGGGCUCCCUUAAGAUCAACAUGGGCACUGAAGUGUUUUUUAAGUCAGUUCUACAUUUGCUGAAUUGCUGUUGUAAUUCUUAUUUAUAAUUUCACCAAAUGUAUUACACUUCACAAGACAAAAUUCUCCCAAAUUGUCUGUUUACUCUGUUUCUAGUGGCAUGCUUUAAGGGGCCUGAGGGAGCAGCCAUGUGUAAGCUCUAUUUUAACUGGUGGUUUAAAGUUCGUACGAAACCCUACUCUCAAACUGGCUAGUUUGUAACUUCAGUUGUGUCAUUGUUUGGUUGCACCUUGGAGACAUAAGUUUGAUCUAAAUUUGUAGAGAAAAAGGUCCAAGUGUGAUAACUAAAGCCUUCAUUAUUGAUCUACAUGUAGUGUAAAAUAGCAACAAUGAUACUGAGUGAAAUCCUUAGCUAAAGCAGAGAAUAAGGUAAUGGUGCUUAUUAUUGGACAAAUGGACACAUUUUCUUAUUAUUGUUAUUAUUUGUUUGCUGUGGUACAAUAAAAAACAUUUUUUUCAUCAUUUUUCAGUCAUCAUUGCCCACAAUGGAACUAUUGUAACAUCGAAGUCAUUGGUUCCCAACAUGGAGUCCAAUACCCCUGGGGGGGUGCCAAAGAUCUUAGGGAUGGGUGGGAGACUUUGUCUGCUCCAAGGCUGCAAAAAUUUGAUUUGCGAAUAUCAGAAUCAGAAUCAUUUUUUAUUGUCAUUGUACAACGCAAACAAUUUUUUUUU